AUGGAAAACUUGGAGUUUUUAGAAGUUAGUGACGAUGAAGAAGAGUGUUUCUACGAAGUAGAAGCCAUUGUUGGGAUGCAUAUCACCGAAGACGGUGAACGCAUGUAUGAAAUCAAGUGGAAAGGUUAUAGUUCAUCGGAGAACACAUUUGAGCCUGAACGCAACUUGAAUUGCCCAGAGUUGCUAAAGGCAUUUUUGGAGAAAGUUAAUGCAAGUAAUAAAGAGGAACAGCAGCAAUAA